AUGGAGGAGUCUGGACGAAGCACGCUUCGUAGCAAAUCCUCCCUCCCGCUCAUACCCUCCACCGCUGGAGGCAGAAGUGACUAUACUUCUUCUUCCUUCCCUUCUACUGCUGGUGGUCCACGCAGCCUCAUCAGUCGCGGUAGUUAUGGAAUGACAGAGUUGACGGGCGACAUGACCGUGCCGGAUGGGAAGACAACAUGGGGAGACGGCAUGGGCGGCAUGCCAAAGGACGCCAGUGAAGGAGGCAGCAUGCGGGGUAUCGAUGCGGACAUGACGGAGGAGGAUAGUCCCUACCCCGAAGUCAGGGCGUCUGUCUCCAAUAUUGAUGAUCCUGAAAUGCCUGUCUUGACCUUUCGGGUCUGGGUCAUUGGUCUGUUCUUCACCAUCGUCGGAGUGGCGGCCAAUACGUUUUUCAACUUUCGAACCCCUUCACCGUAUAUCCCUCCGCCCGUCAUCCAAAUCGUUUCUUACCCAUGUGGUAAAUUCCUCGCUUAUUUAUUGCCUAUUCGAUCUUUCGAAUUGCCUCUCUGGCUGGGCGGAUCAACCGUCAGCUUCAACCCUGGUCCAUUCAACAUCAAAGAGCACACUUGCAUCUGCAUCAUGGUGAAUGUGGGCUUGGGGACCACAUAUGCCCUUAAUGUCAUCGUCAGCACUCAGUUGUGGUAUGGCCGAGAUCUCGGCGACGGCUUCAGCGUGAUCUUCAUUCUCAUCACCCAGUUGACGGGAUUCGCCUUUGCUGGUCUGUGCAGAAGAUUCGUCAUCUGGCCCGCAUCCAUGAUAUGGCCCACCAAUCUGGCUAUCGCCACCAAUUUAAACGCUUUCCAUGCAGAGGACGAGUCUUUCCAAGGUGGCAUGCCCAGGCUCAGGUUCCUGCUCAUUGCACUGGGUGGCGCUUUCGUAUACUACUUCCUGCCCGGGUUUCUGUUCACCGCGUUGUCCUACUUCUCCUUCAUCUGCUGGAUCGCUCCGAAGAACAAAAUUGUCAAUGAACUAUUCGGAGUUUCGACUGGCUUGGGCAUGAGUGUUUUGACAUUCGAUUGGAGUCAGAUCACUUGGAUCGGCUCACCACUUGUCGUACCCUGGUGGGCUCAAGUAAACAUUGGCAUCGGGUUUGUGCUGUUGUACUGGGUGCUUGGCCCGGCACUGUAUUACAGUAACACUUGGUUCUCUGCGUACAUACCAUUAAACGUCCUUUCUGUGGCGGAUCGAUAUGGAGCACCAUUCAAUGUCUUCAACGUUCUCAAUUCCGAUCUCACCCUCAAUGUGACGGCGUAUUCAGAGUAUUCGCCCCCUUAUUUGUCCGCAUCUUAUAGUGUGACAUUCACCGCCGCAUUCGCGCUAUCAACCGCAAUCGUGGUGCACACCAUACUAUACCACGGACCUCGAAUCUACCGGUCGGUUCUCAACGUCAGAACAGAAGUUGAGGACAUCCACAUGAAGCUUAUGAGGCAAUACCCAGAGGUACCAGAUUGGUGGUAUUUGGCCUUGUUCUUGGUCUGCUUUGCCCUCACCGUGACUGGUCUGGAGGUGUUCAAUACUGGAAUGCCAGUCUGGGGCUACAUCCUCGCCCUAUUGGUGCCUCUGUUCUACACCCUGCCAGCAGCAUUCAUCUACGCCAUGACGAGUCAGACUAUAGCCAUUAAUCUCGUCGCAGAGCUCAUCCCUGGCUAUCUCUUUGAAGGCAAACCAUUGCCGACGAUGAUUUUCAAGUGCCUCUCUGUUGGCACAGUUGGCGAAACGUUGAACUUCUUGACGGGUCUCAAACUCGGGCACUACAUGAAGAUUCCACCACGAGUCACCUUUUCGAUACAGCUGGUCGCAUGCGGAGUUUCUUGCCUGGUUCAAGCUGGCGUAAAGUCUUUGGUGAUAGCCAAGGUCGGCGACCUUUGCGGUGAAAAGCCGACGAAUUUGCUCUCUUGCGCAUCCACCAAGGUAUUCUUCACCUCGAGCGUGAUCUGGGGCUUGAUUGGACCGAGACGCCUCUUCGGCCCUGGAGCAAUGUAUCACGCGCAAACAUAUGCUGCGAUCGUCGGUAUCUUCUUACCAAUUCCCGUAUAUCUGUGGGUUCGCAAACGCCCGCAGAGUUUCCUGCGGAAUUUCAACGCGCCAGUGUUACUCAACGCCUGCACGUACAUGCCCCCGGCCACCGGAAUCAACUUUGCGAGCUUCUUGACGGUUGGAUUCGUCUUUCAGUUCUGGCUCAGACGUCGUUUCUUCGCAUGGUGGUCAAAGUACAAUUAUGUCCUUGCCAUCGCCUUUGACUCAGGCACAGCCCUCAGCGCCCUUUUCAUUUUUAUAUGCCUUGACAUUCCAAAGGCUCGGAUCAACUGGUGGGGCAACACAGUCUACACUGAGACUCUGGACUGGCAAGGCAAUGGGGCGAGUUAUCUGACAGCUCCUGAGCAAGGCUUUGGCCCGACAAAAUGGUAG